AUGACGCUCAACAAUGCCAGCGAGAUCAGGGCAUCUGGAAAUGCAAAGGUGCAAAUUGGCACUCGCUUGAUGUUCCAGGUACUCGACUCGGAGAUUGUCAUGGGGCAGAAUAUUUUAGCUAUGGAACGCCCCGGAACCCCGAAUGACAGCGACCUUCUCGGCGACCUUUACGUCACGGAUCCAUCAAAUGACCUGCAGUUCUUGAAACGACGAAAAAGGAGCAGGGUCGACGGUACAUGCGAAUGGAUCCUCACGACUCCGCAGCUCGUCAACUGGCUGAACUCUCCACGCAACUCCUCGAUUGAAACCACAUCUCGAAUACUUUGGAUACAAGGGAAUCCUGGCCAAGGGAAAACGACAUUGGCCACGUACAUCACGGAAGCAUUGACUAAGUCGUUCAGUGCCGAUGCGAGCAGAUCACUUGGCUAUUUCUUCUGCGACACUAGCUACGCAAAUAGGGCGAAUGCCAAUGCUAUCCUUCGGGGCCUGCUGUGGCAGUUUUACACUUCGAAUCCCGAGCUCAUCCCGGCUUACGCGCGACAACGUUACGGCCAGCUCAAGGAAAAGCUGUUCCGCGACUUCGACUCCCUCUGGACCCUGUUCUUGGAAACGGCUGGAGCGAAUUCCACCCGCCAGCUCUUUUGCAUUAUUGACGCGUUGGAUGAGUGUGGCGACGAAUCCAGAGACGAUCUCCUUAUUCAACUCGAACAAACUUUUGAAACCCCUGAUGGACCUCCGAACAUACACUUUCUGCUUCUAAGCAGACCUUACGUCCAUAUCCGAGAUCAUCUUGGCCAAUUCGAAAACAUAGAGCUGGCGUCUCUCCCUCAACUAAAGGAAGAUGUUCAACAAUACAUCGACUACGAGGUGGAGAAACUCACCAAAAGGAGGCGGUAUUCUAAAGCUCUCAAAGAAAAAGUCAAGACUGUUCUGGUAGAGAAGGCAGAAGACACGUUUCUUUGGGUUGGCGUAACCUGCAAGGAGUUGCAGCUGAUCCAGCCCGCUCAUGCACUAUGGGGUAUUCCCAGCCUGAUCGAUUACGCCUUUGAGACCUCUAACCAGGGCACCGGGAUUAAUCCUGGGCAAUAUCUGGAUGAAGAUAUGUCUUCGACUUUGAAAUCUCCGAUAUGCGACGCCAUAGAGGGUCGUUGCCUUCGGACGUUAGCAAGGCUCUUGGAACUUGGUGUACCGCUGACCAAGUUUUCCAUCAAAUGUGCGAACCGGGCCGGAGGCGAAAUUCUGAGCACGAUACUCGAAGUUAGGAGAGAUGAGAUUGUAUUAACGCCUGGUCUGCAACAAUCUGCUGCUGCAUGCUUCAAUGCUAGCGACAUGCUAUCCCUUAUCACUCAUCCCAACUUCGAGGUCACGGCUUCAACGCUGCGCUCUAUCAUGGCCAAUGAGGACCAUGGUCAUGAAAUUUUUGACCUGCUCAGGGAUCAUCCAGAAACCGACCAGUUCUUUGAUCAAUCACUAUUGGCAAUCGCAAUCACAGACUUUAGCAAGGAGAUGGUGACAUACCUUCUAGAUCGACUUGGCGAAAAUUUGGUGGUGACUGCGACCAUGAUUACAGAAGCCUCCAGAAACUACAAAUUUGGACUGCAAAUCGCCGAGAUGCUCCUCGACCGUUUUGCCAACGACAUCCGCAUAACCGAUGACAUGAUCCUGUCCAUUAUGGAGGUAAACUCAAAAGACUUCACCGACUCUUCACAGCAGGUCCACGACGUCUUGGAGCUACUUUUCGAGCGACUCGGACCAGAGUUCAAAGUUACAAAGCGAGUGCUGCUGGGUGCUGCUAGGUCAGAGUUUGAAGAAGGUGAGGCAGCAGUGGUGUUCAAGCUUGUCUUGGAUCGUUUUAGCGACACUUCGCCAAUCCCAGACGAUGUCAUCAUGGCAGCAGCGAAAAACCCGAACGCAUGGGCUGCUAUGCCGCUACUCCUUGGCCGCCGCGACCCGGAGAUAUGCAUUACAGAGGAGAUUUUGUGUGCUGCAAUCCCAAACAUGUGGGACUCGUACUCAUCUCUGCUACACAAUGCAGCCAAGCACUCUAUAAGAAUAACUGAGAAAGCCUUAGCGACCGCUGCAAAGGCUUCGGAUAGGGAUGCUUUCUUACAGGUACUCAAAGCUGCCGACACCAAUAUUCGAAUUACGCAGGAUAUCCUUCUUGCUGCUGCCAGCAAUGGUAAUACGAACGGCACCCAGAUUAUGUGGCUCCUGCUCCGAGAAUCUAUGUCUGCGGAUGAAGUUGACACCGACAUCCUCGACGAGGUUUUGCAAGGUGACAAGUGGGGCAUCAUGUCCGUUAUACUCAAACGGCGUGGCGCGACGAUUCGCCUCAAGUACGCCAGGCGGCAUUAUGAUCAGCUCAAGAAGAACCUAUUCGACGACUUUGACCACCUCUGGACCCUCUUCAUGGAGACGGCGAAGGCGAACGACUCCUGUCAGCUGUACUGCAUCAUUGACGCACUGGAUGAAUGCGAUGAGGCGUCUCGAGACGACCUUCUCUACCAGAUUGAGCACAUCUUUUCGGGCUCGGUUCGUACACCUUCCAAUAUCAACUUCCUGAUUCUCAGUCGGCCUUAUGUUCAAAUUCGAGACUAUCUCGGCCAAUUCGACAACCAUAGCAUUGCAUCGUUUCCUCAGCUGCAGCGUGAUAUCGACCUCUACAUCGGCCAUGAACUAGAGACAUUGGCCAAGAUGAGACGAUACCCGAAGGUGCUCAAAGAAAAACUUGGUCGUGCUCUACCUAUCUGA